AUGUUUGAGGAGUGUGUCUGCCUACUUCUUAGAGUCAAUUUGUUUAAACUUUUGAUUGUGGAGAAUCAGGAAGACAUUUAUGAUGAUGCUGAAGAUUAUUAUCCAUAUAAGGAGGAAGAAGAUGAUCUAGAUGAAGUUUGCUUUAGUAGUUCAACAAAUCUUUUUAUUGGUAAUCGAAGCUGGGGAGACAAUGGAUAUGUUAGGUUAGGACGCCAAGAAGUGAGGCCAAUCUAUCAACCAAAUUUCCAGGACUCUAGUGUAGGUCCAUCCCAAAAACCUAAGGAGGCUGUGGAAAGUGCAACUGGGUCACGGACUAUUAGUGCACUCAAACACGAAGCAGCUGAUAAAGAUGCUAAAUAA